ACGCUCUUACGGUCCCGAACACGUUUCGGCAAAGCGCGCUGAGGUCUGCUGAAAACGCCCGCGCCGCGCGGCGUUAUCCGGCGCUAGGCUUAGCGGCGGCGUCGGCAAAAACGUUCGCGGGAUCAGUGUGAGAUCAAAUGCAUAAUCGCGUACUUAAAAGACUUAGAAAUGUUUGGAAAGACAGGUUCCACUAUGCUUUCCGUCUCCAGACGUCUACUGUCAAUGUAUCAGUGUACUCAGUUAUGAGGAAAGCAAACUGAUAUGAAGAAGGAAAAUAGAGCAUGUUCCUUGUACAGUGCCAUGAUUACAAGGAUGCUUACUGUGAGGGGAAAGAGGUAAGAUACUCAUUUCAUUUUGUGUUUAUGUGGGUACACUCUCUCUCUCGCUCUCUCGCUCUCUCGCUCUCUCGCUCUCUCUCUCUCGAAGGAUAAUUCGGAUUAUGCCAAGACCGCUCCCUUCGUGUUUUUGGACCCGAAAUGCCACAUGCCAGCAUGACACUACAGGAAGAGAGAUGCUGCAUUUUCGGGAAACCCUCUUCCGCCUCCACCUUACAGAAUUCCGCUCGUAGUUCGCCCGCGUUCCAGCGGACCGGCUCCUCCUGCUUUUCGGUGGCUUUUCGUCUUGUUCAACCGAAAUUAAUCCGAACGAAACUCAAAAACUUGCUCUCCCGGUGUGAGCUCCCGGUCUCGGCCCCGAAACGCGGAGAGCAGCACGCCUUUUAAGCGCCUGGGCUGAUUGGUUAACGCGGUUCACCGCCGGACUGAACGCCGCACAACUCCUACCCCAGAAUUCAGUUGAUGCCGAGACCGCUUCCUUUGUGUUUUGGAACCGAAAUGUCACAUGCCAGCAUGACACUACAGGAAGGGAGAUGCAGCAUUUCUGAGAAACACCGCUGAUUGCCGCACGGAGAGAGAGAGAGCGCACCCACAAACACAAAAUGAAAAAAAACAUCUUCCUUCUUCUUCAUUUUGUGUUUAUGGGUGCGCUCUCUCUCUCUCUCUCUCUCUCUCUAUGCAGCAAUCAACAGUGUUUGCCAAAGAAUGCUGCAUCUCAUUUUCUGAGGUGUUUGCGUGUGACAUAUUGGUGAUGAAACCCGGGAGGGAGCGCUCUCGGCAUAAACCGCAUUAGCCUUCGGCUGAAUUCUGGGGUAGGAGUUGUGUGGCAUUCAGUCCAACGGCUGCACCGGUGUUUCCUGAAAAUGCAGCAUCUCUUUUCCCGGAGAGUCAUGCUGGCAUGUGACAUUUGCAUAUCAAGAUCAAGAUGAGAUUGAAUCUCAAAGACAGACUGUUUAUUUGUAGACACGGAUUUAUAAACACAAAAAGGUUCGGGGUUCAGGGCUUCUGCGACGACUAAUCAAUCCGCUCUUCUGUUCUGAUAACGAGAACCAGUUUGUCCACUAAACCCCUAUUUGUUGUGGAUACCAAUAUAAAGAAGCAUUAGAUUGGUUUUGUGAUAACAGCAGUGGCCCUCAGGGGAUUUCAUUAAACGAGUACAUACACAUAUUUAAGCUCAUUUCUCGCACCUCGAACUGAACCGUCAGCACUAACAAAGGUUCCAGCGAGCUCAGGUGAGCAGCUGCAAUUAGUUAAGACCCACUAGGUUUUAACGUCAGCCAACUGAACGCUCUCCAUUUUGGGAAAUUCUUCCAGGUUCUUCUUGAGUUUCUCAGCAAUCUUCCGCUUCGGAAUAGCAUUUGCCACUUGUUCCUCGAACGUUUGUCAGAAAUAUGAGUCACACACACUUACUCUGAAAACGCUGCUCGCUCGCCUAGAAUCGGAGCUAAACUGCCCAAAACCCAUAAAACAGGCCCUGACAGAAUCCUUCGAGGUUAAACUGGAGAAAAAGAACGUCUCCCUCUGAAAAGCCUUGGUUAUCAUUCGCACUAACCAGGAAACGCCAUUCAAUGGGCUCGAUGAUCAAAGAUGUGCAUUUUUCCCAUCCAUAGCAUUUUUCAUGACCACACUGUAAUGGUGUACUCUGUCAAGCCAAGUUAUAUAAAGACAUUAAAGUCUGUUUAUCAAGUAGCGUAGGAUCAAAAGCACGACCGUUAGCCCUUCCAGUUGGAGGCACAAAGACUGAGCGAACACUUCCACAACUGCAGACAAAAGAUAAGAAACUUUGCCGUGCCAAAAAGAAAAUUGCUCGGGCAAAGUUCUCCACAGGAUUAAAAACGGCACGGCAUACGCAACCAUACGGCGCCAUACAAAAAAAGAAAAGGUUUACGCAAUACAGAAAAAAGAAGAACAGAGACCGUAAUAAUGGCAAUCUAAGACGGCCCGUAUCGAUUCAGUCCACGCGCCGGUGGCAGGAGAUGGUCCUCACCGCGCAGGGUGCGUAACGGACCGGAGAGUCUCUCCCGGGGUACCCCGAUCACAGACCGCUCACACGUGGCUGGGGGGGGGAGGGGCACCGGCGGGCCCCCGUGGUUUUUCGGCGGCAGCCGACGGGCUACGGCCUUAAGACGGACGGACAAACUGCCAAACCGCCGGCAGCUGACGCAAAAACGUUCCCACAACGUUACCGGAAUGUUUCGCCCGUGUAAUAACACUGCCACUACACUGUGAAAAUGUUUCGUGUUCGCCCGGCAGGUGCAUAUAACUAGAUUUACUUCCAAGAACGGAAUGGUAGGAGGAGCAUGAUGCUUUGCCCCACACCAAAAAAACCUAAGCCCUAAAGAGAACAUUCAUUCUCCUUUGGACAGAGCGGAUAUAAUCAACAUGACCAUUCAUUCAGACUCCCAAGCUUUUGUAGUACGUAACCCGAGCGAUGCAAGUGUUGUGUGUAACUACAGGGCUAUGGCCCCCCGCGGACUGUGUCAAAUAUCAUUUCUACCGUAUUUUCAGUGUAGAGGACAAGAUUGCGUCUGUCACGCAACUCCAGAAAAUUAUGUGCGUCUCGUAGUGACAAACAGACACCGUACUCAACGGGCCAAGAACGGGCGUGUCGUCAAAAAAUAUGAUAAUGAACGCAUCCUGGUCGCUGUGUCUACAGUCAUUUACGUGUACCGAGGAGAGAGCUGGAGAGCUCACGCAGCCGCACGGGGCUCCUGUACGAGCGUGUACGACAUCCGAGAGGGGUGUGUCGAAGGCCCGCUCGGUAAUUUCGGUUGCUGAUAAAAUGCUAAUAGCUUACGUGUAAUAAGACUAAGAUAUGGAACUACGCAUACGAAAAACAGAAGCAUUCUUCAACGUGUACAGAUGCACUUGACAUUGCCGCAGCGGCAUUAUGCAGACCGCAACAGUAACAAAGGCUCAGAAGGAAAAAGCAAAAUUGUUGCCCAGGUUACCAAGUGCCAGCGCAAGGCGUUGAAAACUCAGAGUACCAUGAGCCACCGAGGUACUUAGUUGCCAUCCGAGUAAUUCAUUGAUUAACAACUGAAAGAGAGGGCCUUUAAUUCUGACCUGUUGCGUGUGGUGUGCAAAGAAAGAGUUGAACCAGUUAGUGACAAAAUGCUGAACUAAAAUAAACAAACAGAAGACAUGCAUAAGACUCAGAGUCCUCCAGAUGUCUAGUGAUAAGAUGAACGUUACUUGUGAUAGCAUUGUCUGUGCCAUGUCUGUAUCAUUAAGCAAACUGAAAUGGCUCUAACAGGGCGUUGACUUAUUUACACAGCAGACACAACAAAAGCCUUUCAAAACAUUCCAUUGUUAUGAAAGUUACUGCAGCUAGUCUACACUCAAAGUAUCCCUUUGAACAUGGAUUUUCCGGAACAGGGGCAACAACAGACCUCUUCCACAGAGCUGGGUAUGACGGUCCACUGACAUCAGAAAGACUGAACACCGAGUAAGCUAAAUGGUUGCGUGUUGACAGUAGUAUGCUCCAGCUGAAGGGUGCCAAGUGCAGGUUCCUGUUCUGCCUGGUGAUUUGCAUCUUCAUCUGCUCCGCCAUCUACCUGAAGGCCAAGGUCUCCAACAGCCCCGCCAUCUACCUGAAGGCCAAGGUCUCCAACAGCUCCGCCUCCCAGCACAGCCCCAAUGCCCAGCUCUGCAGACCGUUACCCCCCGGCUGCAGGCCGAUCCUGGGGGGCCGGGAGGGCUCGACGUGGGAGCGCAGGGACUGCCUGACGGAGGGCUACCUCGCGGCUCCCGACCUCGACUGCGCCGCGGUGACCGCCGACCUGCACUUCAUCACCAGCCCCCUGAGCCGCGAGGAGGAGGAGUACCCCCUGGCCUUCAUCGUGACCAUACACAAGGAGCUGGAGAUGUUCGCGCGGCUGCUCCGCGCCGUGUACGCGCCGCAGAACGUCUACUGCGUCCACGUGGACGCCAAGGCGGAGCCCUGGUACCGGGCGGCCGUGGAGAGGCUGGCCGGCUGCUUCCCCAACGUCUUCCUGGCCUCGGCCAGCGAGAGGGUGACGUACGCCGGCUUCUCCCGGCUCCAGGCCGACAUCAACUGCAUGCGGGACCUGGCCAGGUCGCCGGUGGCCUGGAGGAAGGUGAUCAACCUCUGCGGCCAGGACUUCCCCAUCAUGAGCAACCUGGAGCUGGUGCGCUACCUGCGCAGCGAGCCGUGGAGGGACCGCAACAUGACGCCGGGCAUCAAGCAGCCGCCGACCAUGAAGUACCGCACCCAGAUACAGUACAAGGAGGUGGCCGGCUCCCACGUCGCCCGCAGGGGCCGGGGCUACAAGAAGGGGCCCCCGCCGCACAAGCUGGAGAUCUACUUCGGGACGGCGUACUACUCGCUCACCCGGGGGUUCGUGAAAUACGUGCUGAACAGCCGGGUGGCCCGGGACCUGCUGGAGUGGUCCAAGGACACCUACAGCCCAGACGAGCACUACUGGGUGACUCUGAACCACAUACCAGAUGCACCAGGAAACUACAGAAACGGGGGCUGGGAGGGGAGUGUCCGCGCAAUUAAAUGGGGAGACCAGGAGGGACAGGCCCACUCUGGCUGCAAAGGGCAGUACGUCAGGAACAUCUGCGUGUACGGGCUCGGGGACCUGCCGUGGAUCGUCAACAGGAACGGCAACAUGUUCGCCAACAAGUUCUCCACGCUGUCGUUCCCCGAGGCCACCGACUGCAUGGAGGAGUGGCACCGGCAGAAGGUGCUCCGGCAAGCCGAGGUCCCCGAGAAGCCCGGGUGGCGGCUCGCCGUGGAGACCGACGAGGUCGGCGCGCGCGCCAACGCCAACGACACGACCGGGCCUUCCUAGCGCCCGCCGACUUCCCGCCGUCGCGGCCGCCGGACCGUCCGCGCUCCCGUCGAAGGCGGAAACCGCGCUGAGGGCCCGCGGCGUACGAGGGCACAUCGCGACAAUAUCAGUUUCAGCGCACGAAAGACGGUCGGCUUGUUUUCUUGCAAAUUUUUUUCUUCCCCCCCCCCACUGUAAAGACUAUCAGCUUGAGUGUCGGCUGGGCUCUAAAGUUGAGAAAUUCCAGGGUUUGAGCUCAUCGAGACGGCUAAGACCAAGGGUCUGCCUCAGGACACUAUCGAACGUGUCCUGGCACGCCGACCGUGGCCGACCGUGGUUCCACUCUUCAGGUGCUAGGCGGCUGACGUCAUCGGAAGCACACGGCUCUCGCCACACCAGCGCUAUAGCGCUACAGUACUGUGUGGUGUACAUGCAAAACAUGCAACUGGCCCAGGGGCUAACGGCAUUGGCAGAGCAUGUCAGUAGCACAGUGAGAACACGGUGUGCUUGCCGGAAUGUGCUCCCAGCGUGGACCUCCUGCAACACGCCAGGAACUCAGGAGAAGCAAUUUCUAAUUUCAUACGGACUAGAGAAAAAGUCUACUGAAUGUGCUAAAUAUUGACUACACCGUGAAGAUUUACCAAUAACUUCUGAAUGUAAUCCGACUGUUACCGUAUUGCCCGUCGUGCUGGAAGAUUCUACGUUACCUACGAAUACUGCAAAGCGCACGGCACGAGGGGAAGGUUUGUUUAAACGGCAAGCCGAACUUAAGUUACUGCCACUUCAUUUACCUCCAGUAAUGAAAGCCAUUAUUGGCUGACAGCGCGAGAGAACAGCGAGCGCAGAAAGCCUCGCGAAAGGGCCCCCAGGUCUCCCGGGUUGCAUCAUGCGCGGAGGACGCGAGCGGAGCCUCAUUAGCAGCCUGAGUAAACUAAUGGCACCAGGCGGGUGACGCACUGUUAAUUCCGGGGGGGGAUGGGAGAGGGACCCUCACCUGGGUCCCCGUCCCCAUUAGGGCAUCCGGACCGCACGGGACGCCGCCGCACCACCCCGCGCAACUCCCAGACCGACGUCACUCCCCUCCAGAACUGGAACGCCCGCCUCGUUCGCUUCUGGUCCGGGGCCGUGCCCCCCCCCCCGAACGCGAGGAGCGGCCAUUUUGUUUCGGUACGAGUUCGGAACGCGGACGCCGAGGUCAGAGCAAGGCAGCUUUCGCAAUGACUCAACAUUCAGAUUCAACACUGUGAAGGGGGUCAGGUGCGCCAAGCGCUUCCAUUUUUGGAAGCCUGCAAAAGGAGCCUGACGGGCCUUUAAAAAACAAGGAGAGACAGACCCCAGGAAAUGCAACAGAACACUGUUUAACCAACACACGAGUGAAAGUGCAUACCAUAAUAAGCGCUACGAGAUUAUAUUUAUUGAAAUAUCAGAAGGUACUUUGACUUCACAAUUCACAAAAUGUUUGUGUGACUUAUUUAAUACAUGGGAUUAAAUAAUACAUGGGAUAAAAUAAUAUAUGUGUAUAAAUAAUGAUUUUUUAAAUAAUUACCUCUGUACAGCUGGUGUUUCCUCCUUUGGCCUACUACCAGUUAUAUCAAAGAUAUUUUUUAUGAGAAACGUUAGUGAAUGCGUUAAAUGUUAAAAAUACAUUGUGAUGUUCAUGAAGCCAAUGUCUUGAAAUGCUGCAUUUAGUGUAAAAGCAACAGUGUGUGUUUAUAAGCUACUUAAGAGCCAAACCGAGUAUUGAGAGAUGCAUAAAAGUUAUCGCAUGA